CGCGAAUUUGUAACGUCGCGUGCGUGUUUUUCUCCCCCACGUGACUGCUUUAAGUGAGUAACGCCUCCUAAAGCUGAGAGAGAGAGAAAGAGAGCGAGAGAAAGAGAGCGAGAGUGUGUGUGUGUGUGUGUUUGAGUGAGUGAGUGAGUGAGUGUAUGGAGACGUGAACACUUUCUCUCAGAGCCCCCCUUAUUCCCCUCCCUACGACCCCCCGAAACCGGAUUAAACCGAUUUAUUUUUUUUCCGUUAAACGUGACCGUUAUUCGGGGCUAAACCGAGCCGCGAUGUGGAUUCAGGUCCGCACUAUAGACGGGACGGAGACCCGCACGGUGGAGGAUCUGUCCCGGCUCACCAAGAUCGAGUCCCUGCGUCUCAAAAUACAGGAGAUCUUCAAUGUGGACCCUGAGAGACAGCGCUUAUUCUACAGGGGCAAACAGAUGGAGGAUGGACAGACGCUGUUCGAUUAUAAUGUCGGCCUAAAUGACAUUAUUCAGCUUCUCAUUCGCUCUCACACCGAUCCAGCCGACAGUCCAAGCCCCAUUCCCAACAAUGGAGAGGUCAUGGUUGGUAAUGCAACUCCUCCCAGCAGCAGCCCUACCACACCCACAGCAACCACAGUAACCACAGCAACCACGGCUUCCCCAGCAACAGUCAGCAGCAACAGUGGGUCAGCAUUAGACAGUCAGCCUUCAACAUCCUCAUCUGCCGACCUCGUUGAUCCAGGGAUCGGAGUUUAUAAGAUUAACGAGCUGGUGGACUGCAGGGAUGUCAGCAUUGGCGCCUGGUUUGAGGCAACAAUCGAGAGCGUUACUCCGUCCAGCAAAGGGAGCAAAAAAGAGACAGCAGCAUCUUCUACAGGCAGGACAGGGAGAAACGGCAAGCGCAUUAAUGGGAAGGUGGAGACGGAGUCAGACACAAAUGGCACUGUGCUGCUAAACUCGAACAGCGAGAAGCCUUCAACAUCUCAGACUGAAGCAGAAGACCCUGGCAGAGACGAUAUCAGCUACCACAUUAAAUACGAGGAUUACCCGGAGAAUGGUGUGGUGGAGAUGAAUGCAGAAGAUGUGCGUCCUCGAGCUCGGACGCUGCUACGGUUUGAACAGCUGGAGGUGGGACAGGUGGUGAUGGUCAACUACAACCUGGAGCUUCCAGAAGAGAGGGGAUUCUGGUACGAUGCUGAAAUCACCACGCUCAACCACAUUUCCAGAACCAAGAAGGAGGUCCGCGUCAAAAUCCUGCUCGGAGGUCCAAGUGACGUGAUUGGUGACUGUAAGCUGUUGUUUCUGGAUGAGAUCUACCGAAUCGAGAAACCUGGAGCUCUUCCUCUCUCUGCCACUGACGGCCAGUUUAAACGUAAGAGUGGGCCGGAGUGUAAGCACUGUAAAGCCGACCCAGAUGCAGAGUGUCGGUUCUGUUCGUGUUGUGUGUGUGGGGGGAAACAGGACGCACACAUGCAGCUGCUGUGUGAUGAGUGUAACAUGGCCUUCCAUUUGUAUUGCCUCAACCCCCCACUGUCCACCAUUCCAGAGGAUGAAGACUGGUACUGCCCCACUUGUAAGAAUGACACCACUGAAGUGGUGAAAGCAGGCGAAAGGCUGAAAGAGAGUAAGAAGAGGGCCAAGAUGCCUUCAGCAACCAAUGGAAGCCAGCGUGACUGGGGAAAGGGAAUGGCGUGUGUGGGUCGUACUAAAGAAUGCACCAUUGUCCCAUCCAAUCACUACGGUCCGAUUCCUGGAAUUCCUGUGGGAACCACCUGGAAAUUUCGUGUGCAGGUAAGUGAGGCAGGGGUGCACAGGCCACAUGUGGGUGGGAUUCAUGGACGCAGUAAUGACGGCUCCUAUUCGCUGGUGCUGGCCGGAGGAUUUGAAGACGAAGUGGAUCGGGGUGACGAGUUCACGUAUACAGGCAGUGGAGGUCGCGACCUUUCAGGAAACAAGCGGAUUGGAGAGCACUCGUUUGAUCAGACUCUAACACACAUGAACAGGGCACUUGCUCUGAACUGUGACGCCCCUCUGAAUGAUAAAGAUGGGGCGGAGUCUCGUAAUUGGAGGGCGGGGAAACCAGUCAGAGUGAUCCGAAGCUCAAAAGGCAGACGAAUCAGCAAGUAUGCACCAGAGGAGGGAAACCGCUACGAUGGAAUCUAUAAGGUGGUCAAAUACUGGCCUGAAAUCGGAAAGUGCGGCUUCCUGGUGUGGCGUUACCUGUUGAGACGUGAUGAUAUGGAGCCUGCACCGUGGACACCCGAGGGACUCGAGCGCAGCAAAAAACUCGGACUGAAAGUGCAGUACCCUCCUGGUUAUUUGGAGGCAAUGGCCAAUAAGAGCAGGAAGGAGGCGAGUGUACGAGGGGGAAGGGGUGGAUCCCCACGUGGUAAACGACACGGAGGAAGAGGAAGGCCGAGAUGUGGACGGCCACCGAAGAGGGUAAAGGAGGAAGAGAGAGAGGGGGAGGAACCUGCAGAGCACGAGGAGGGAGAGACACAGACGAACGGAGGAGAGGACACACCGAAAGACACGGGAGCAGUGUGUAAAGAGCAGCAGGAGCCCAAAGCAAAGCGGGUAAAGGAAGUGGAGGCAUUUGUGUUAUCAGAGCAGCAGCUUUCACUUAUACAGGAGGAUCAUGUGAACAAGAAAGUGUGGGAUGAAGCUCUGGGCUUCCUCACUGAGGGACCGAACUUCCUGCGUAAGGUGGAACAGAUCUUCAUGUGCGUGUGCUGCCAGGAGCUCGCUUACCAGCCUGUCACCACACCUUGCCAGCACAAUGUCUGCAAGACCUGCUUACACCGAUCGUUCCGAGCUGAAGUGUUCACCUGCCCGGCAUGUCGCUACGAUUUGGGGAAAGAUUACGUCAUGGUGCUGAAUAAAAAUCUGCAGCAGCUCCUGGAUCAGUUUUUUCCUGGAUACAGCAAGGGACGAUGAGACGUCACUGGAGACAAGGACAGAAAUAAUCUCCAUCCAGCUCAAUGGCACUUGCACGCACACACACACACACACACACACACACACACACACACACACACACAUACACACAUACACACACAUACAUGCACACACACACACACACACACACACACACACACACACACAAUCAGUGCACUAACUCCUACACCCAACAUGAUAACAUACAAAGUGCACACACACACACACACACGUUUCAUGUAGAUGUUUCUUUCAUUAACACCAGCCUGAUACUUGUAUCCCAAGGACACCCAGGUCAUCACCAUGACCACGACCUCUGCUGGUCGUGCAUGGGUUUAUUCCUCCUUACACUUCUCUCAACUGAAGGACACACACACACAAAUACACAAACACACUCUCUUCAAAGGAGCGGCGGAAAACUAGCGACGGCUCAUUCAGUUCAACGGAUCUGUUAAGGACGGGACUAAUGGCUAAUGCUAAUCAAGUGAUAUCUGUUGCUAACAGGGAAAAAAUGGCUCGCAAAUCUUCACAAAAGUGAUGAAAUUUAACCAAACAAUGCUAACCCGGCAUCAAAGCAUCAACGUUAGGGGUGGUUAGUGAGAGAUGGAUUUCAUUUUCAGACAAUCGUGUAAUUCAGUAUCCUGCUGUUAUGCGUUAAUCACAGCCAGCUAGUUAGCUAUACACCGGAUUACAAUUAGGUUCAUUCCUUUUUUUGUUUGUUUUGGGAUGGCUAAAUAUCUACAGCUAGCUGGCUAGCUAACCCUAGUAAGUUUUGAUUUUUCUGUUUCACAAUAAAUCAUUGAAUUUUUUUUCACUCAAAUUGCACGAGCUAUUAUUAACAGAAUAGCUCAUACGUUAUGUAAUACUAUAACAGCUGAACAGCGUGAUGUAUCUAUAUAAUGGCUGUAUAUGAUGGAAUACACUAGCCACUCGUGGGUGUCUGUGAGUUCGUAUUCAGAAGAGUGGAGAUAGCGCUUUGUGUUACGAUGCCCUGUGCAGCAUAAGCAAGAGGUCAAACACAUGCAGUGGCUUCAUGGCUUCACAUGUCUCCGAGGAAGCACAUGUUUGCCCUCACCCUCCCCAGUUGGUAGCCGUCACGUGAUAGGCAAGAGCUGGCUGCUGGGUGGGUAAUGGUAGAUGACCAAAUUGAAAAUGAGGGAAAAUUUCCCAAAAUCUGAUUAUCUUAGUGUUAAUAAGUGUUAUUUGUAUGCUAGCUAGAUGAACACAUCUCACUCAUUCAGUUCAUUACUUUAUGUUUUACACUUAAGUCUUGGUUUGGUUUAUCUAAAAAGACUUCUGAUGUUCUUCUUUAAGUCAGAAAAAAAGAUUCGCACAUGAGCGCAUACAGUUAAUUAGCCUGACAGCUAAUAUAUCCAGGGUAUGAUAACUGUAAGUAUCUGAAAGUAUAAAUUAUCGAUGACAUGGAUCUCAUCCAGUGAUAAUUACAUUACUGUUAGUAUGCUUGUUAGCUAGGUAGCUUUGUUUUAGCAUAGCUAAACAUCUACAGCUAGCUGGCUAGUUAAUGCUCGAGUGGGAUGUUAGUUAUCUCUUAGUUAUUUUGUGUUCCUCAAUAAAUCUCCAUUUUUAUUUGUUUAGUCUAAAAGCCGUUUCUGGUUUUCUUCUUCACAUCAGACAAGCCUGAACACGUUCUCACCCAAUUAGCUUUGUACUGUAUAUCCUUGUAUAAGUUGAUGGAUCCCAUCCAAGAACGAGGAGUACGUGAGUGUUAAUUGCUUUGUUUAGUAAUCGAUGCUGAUCUACAGCUAGCUAGGUAAUGAAUACUGUAGUGGUAUUAUUAUAUUUCAAUUUAACAUGUUUGGAAAUACAUCAGAGUAUGUGCAGUCCUAAAGAAACUCUUUAUUUUGCUAUUCCAGAUCAGAUGGACCAGCCAGCAGGGGCAACCCUAGCCGUGCUAUUAUUGUGCUAAUGUUAGCUAGCUAGCGGCUCUUGACUCGGAUGUCCUGCAACUAAGCUAAUGCUGCUAACUACUAUGCCAGCUUCAGGAAAGUGUGAGUUCAAGUUUCAACUGGAAAUAUUCAUAUGUGAUUUUUGUGAAUAUUCAUUACAUAAUAUUUCACAGCACACACUCUGAGUCCUAGUUAGCCAGUCAGCACACUAAUUCUAGCAGUUUAGCUUAUGUUCAUUGUUGCUGGGUUAAUAAUGUUUGGUUAAAGGAAGCAUUGCUACUACCAGGGACUGUUUAUAUUUAAUCAGUUUUCUAAACCUAGGACAAAUCCACAAACGAGAUGCAAGUCCAAAAUGGCGAGUUCUGAUUGGCUAAGAGCAGCAGGACUCAGUAUCAGGUGUUAGUAGUUAACACAGUCCUACCUUUGGGAUGAAAUAUAUACAGAGAGAAUUUGUCAGAAAGGUAAACUCCGGAUCUGUGUCAAUGUUCAAUUCUCACAUGAAAAGGAUUGACCGACUGGAUAACAGAUAAAAUAUACAGUUCUUGGUGAAGUGGAGUUAAAUUCAUUUGAUAGUAAAAGCUGAUUUACAGGUUUGAACAACGGCGUUGGCUGAAAAAUGUACCUCGUGCCCCAAAUUGUCCAAUCAGGACCCAACUGUGGUGUAUCUUAGCGUAUCUCAGCUUUUCUCACUCUUAUGUUGAUUUUUUUUUCAAAGUUCAGUCCCACAGACAUGCAAUUUUUUUCUAUCACAGAUCUGCCAACCUUCGUGCAUUUUGCAUAGGAGUGACGAAUUCUAACUCGGAAGUAUGCUAGCUGUCAUUCAAUAAUUCGCCAAUAAAAAUGGCAGAUAUGUUGAGCUAAUGAACAUAUGAAUCUGGAAUGAUUCACAGUUACACCGAACGAUUCACAGAACUCUCCGAUUUUAACUGACUGUCUGGAAUCCCCACCCCCUGCCCCCAUCUCACAUUAGUAAUCUGUUGGUUCAUUUUCCCGCUGCCGUGUCACCCUCAUGUCCUGUCAUGGUAAACAGAGAAUGUUUGGGGUUCGUUAAUGUGAAAUAAUCUGUAUCAGUGUAUGUCCCAUUUCCAAAAUUACACAAGUAUAUAGUAAACAUCAUCAAACUAUAUUUAUUAGGGAUGCCACCAAAACGUUUUUGGCCAAAAGAGAGGGAAAAAAAAAAGGCCUAAAAUUGUGACUGACCAAAAAAACAAACAAAAAAAAAAAAGAAGAAGAAG